AGGAGAUGAUCAUAUUAUUUGAAAUUAUGGAUUUUGUGGUGGACAAAGUCUCAGAAGAUUCAUUCUUCGUAAAUCUUCUAUUAGGACUUCCAAAGCAGUUAGAAAAAUUUGAAAAAUUAGGGGUGAAAUCCACUUAUUUAUCCAGAAGACAGCCAAUUAGUCAUGGAGAUAUAUGUGCAUGGGAACAUAAACAAGGAAUUUUACUGCCAGAAGAUUUGAGGAACUUCUAUACAUCUAUUGAUGGAUUUCUUUUUAGUUGGACUUUCAGUUUUAAAAUGGAUAAAUGUAUAACUACUGGAAAGAUUGAGAUCAAUCAACUACAAGAUUUGGUUCAAAUCAUUGGACACGAGGCGACGCAGGAUCCAGGCGUUUCCACAGUCGGUGAAAGAUUCGAAUUGAAAUUGGGUAAUUCCAGUAAAUUAUUUGAACUGGUCACCAUAAAUCUAGAUAACAAGGUCGUAUUGGUAUAUUUAAACUCAAGAUAUUCACCGACCAUUUGGCUGUCGACUGGACCAAACGAAUACUACUUUUUAGCAGACGAUUUUACUACUUAUUUUCGAAUGGCUAUUGCGCAUUUAGGGAUUCCUAAAUGGCAAUUGCUAUUCACACCUGAAGGAAUUCCUCAGAGUAUUGAGAAUAUGAUUCGGUUCCUUGCGCCAGAUCUGCUCAAAGAUAAACGUACCACAGAAUGGAAUAGGCAGGACAAGGAGAGAAAAAUCAAAUGUGAAUUUUCUGAUAAACCUGUGAACAAAGUGGACGUUAGUAUCUUUAAAUGUUUACCUAAAAUAUGUCAAGGAAUUCCUAGAGUUGUUGAGAAAGAGAAAGUAAAAUCGCCCAAAAAGAAGUUGGAGCGGGAGAGAAGCUUCAACAAGCCACAGAGAAAACCGCUCUAUUAUAUUAGAAAACCUACAUAAAAAUACGAACAAUGCAAUUAUAAAA